AUGUCUGUCUUGAAGAUGUGCAUCCAAGCAAGGCAGGCGCGUGUCCAAAUGGGGGUCCGGGGUGUCGACCCCGCCUUGCUGUGUGAGAUAAGCUCGACUCCAAUAAUGAUAAUCAAAGAUAAUCCGUACUCGACUUCUGACAACUCAACAGUCAUCUCCUUUGAGCUAAAGAAACCGGACGGAUCAAGCUAUUCUGUCUCCAACUUGCAGAGUGACUUCGCGAUAUACUUUAGAAACACUAUGUCUAGCAAUGUGGAAGAGCCUGUCCUGAUAAGACCAGGAAAUACCACAGAGAGGAGGUACCACCAGUUUAUCUGGAGAGAGGAGUCAGGGCUUAUCACAAUGAACAUCACUUUUAAUACGAGCAGUACAGUGAUAUGGGGCGUUUAUCUUAAUCCAAGGGUGCGACCGACAAUAGCACAAUAUGCAAAGUCCUGGAGUAUACUCUCCAUGCCAAACAACACUGACAAAGUCUAUACACUAAAACUACAUCGUGAAGAGUACGGAUUUCUAGGGUCUUACCAUUUGCUGGUCAUGCCUUUGUUGUCUGAGGAACAGGCCUUGCAAUGGGAACAAGGCGAUCUUAACGUAUCUUACAGUUUAAAUGUGUUCCAGACAGCGUGUUUAUACUGGGAUAAUGGGAGGUUCAGCUCAAUGGGAUGUAGGGUUGGCCCGGCAACAAACGGGAGCUACGUACAGUGUCUCUGUAAUCAUCUUACUUCAUUUGUAUCUAAAAUCGUCGUGGCCCCAAAUUCAAUCGACUUCGACAAAGCUUUGGCGGGAUUUGCUAACUUGUCAGAGAAUCCAGUCGCAUUUGCUGCAGUUAUGUCCAUAUUUGGUGUUUAUCUGUUGCUAGUAGUCUGGGCGCGAAGGAGGGACACCAUGGAUAAAAUCAAGAGCCAAGUGGUGGUAAUCGAUGAAACUACCAGGCAAGAUCACUUUAUGUACGAGAUUACCAUCUACACUGGAAUGAGGAAGAACGCGGGGACGACCUCAGAUGUCUUUUGUGCCCUAGUGGGUAAUCAACACAAUUCAGACCCACGGCGGCUCAAAGAUCCAAACGUGCAACGAUUCCAACGCUCAUCGGUUGAUACAUUUGUUGUCAGUUCAUCUCUUUGCUUAGGCGACCUCUGCUGCAUUAAACUUUGGCACAACAACAAAGGGCUUAACCCCUCAUGGUAUGUGAACAGGGUCACAGUAAGGGACAUCGAGAAAGAUCAGACAUACCAAUUUAUAUGCAACAGAUGGCUGGCCGUGGAAUACGAUGACGGCCAAGUUGAGAUUACAGUCCCAGCUGCUAAACAAGAAGAAGUCGAGGAAUUUGGGAACCUAUUCUACAACGUAUCUCAGAAGAACAUUACAGAUGGUCACUUGUGGUUUUCGGUGUUUACACGCCCAGAGAGGAGUACCUUUACACGAGUGCAGAGGUUGUCGUGCUGCCUGGCGCUGCUUUAUUGCACAAUGCUGACAAAUGCGAUGUUUUACGAGCUGGGCGGUGAGACAGACCCUUCACUGACCCUUAGAAUCGGACCUUUGAGUGUGUCUCCCCAACAAAUUUACGUAGGAAUCAUCAGCAGUUUGAUUAUUUUCCCUGUGAACCUUCUUUUUGUGGGGAUCUUCAGGAGCGCGAGGCCUUCUCAAAAGAAAACAGAUAAAAAUAUGGUUAGGAAACCAACGCUACAAUGGGCUCCUGAUGUGACAGAAACGCAGGAUUUGUCGAACGUGCUAGAUUGGUACAAGUUAUCGGGGCAGAGUGAAAUGGAUCUACUUUCAGAGCAAACGUCAGUGUCCAUAUCAGAAGAGCCAAACGAAAAUGCAAUACAAACUGGAUAUGAAUCUCUAAAAGACGAUUCAAGUUCCCCAGAUUCCCACACAAUUAACUUAAGUAUAGAUGAGAAAAAUAACAAGACUUUAAAAAAAAGACACAAAAGAAAAAGGCUGUUCCUUCCACAUUUCUUUGUGUAUGUAGGCUGGUUUGGCAUAGCCGGUGUCUCCUUUACUUCUGCAUUUUUUGUUACUUUGUAUGGAUUCCAAUUCGGAAAAGAGAAAGCGUCCCAGUGGAUAACGUCGAUGAUGAUUUCGUUUUUACAAGAUGUGCUUAUUAGUCAGCCUAUAAAAGUGUUCAUUAUUGCAGUGUUCUUUGCGUUAUUCCUCAAGAAACUCGACGACGACGACGACGACCACGAGAGUCUGUCAGAUCAGUGCAAAAUGGCGCAAAAUGAUACAAACUUUGACCAAAGUCUGUUCGAAGGCGACUUCACGGAGAAAACACCUAAAAAGUUCACACUAGCAAGUCCGCCUAAUUCAGCAGAGCUGGAAAAAGCUCGACAGACGAGAUUCAAAGAGUGUCAAAUGCAACACAUGAUAAAAGAGCUUGUUAUUUACGUGUUGUUCCUUGGCUCAUUACUAGUGGUCAGUUAUGCCCACAGAGAUCCCCAAGCAUUUCAAGUGGCGCGGUUGAUGGAGCAAACAUAUAUAGACGGCGCAUACACUGGACUCGGUCUUAAACAGGGCGUUGGAACAUCAAAUUAUUGGAGGUGGCUUGAGAACACAGUAUUACCAAGCUUAUCGUCAGAAUCCUUACAAUGGCCGGCUGGUUGUCAACCAAAUGCAAACUACUCAAUAGAUUGUGUCUCUCGCGUUGUUGGAACCGCGAGACUGCGGCAGCUGAGGGUCCCCCCAGGUACUUGUAAAGUGGAAAAAGAGAUGAGGCACCUUAUAAGCGAAUGCAAUGGAUAUUAUUCCUUCUUUGGUGAAGACACCCAAGACUACUUUGAGGGAUGGAUCGCUUCCAAUGUGACCAACAAAACAAUGCUGACGCCCUGGCAACACCGCUCGACACUCGACCUGGGUGGUGUGCCCUACAUGGGUCUGAUGGCAACUUACAGCGGAGGAGGAUACAGUUUCAACCUGCAAAACACGGAUGAAGGUCUGCGGGAGCUGAGUAAACUCAAAGAAGGAUCCUGGAUCGAUGAGCGCACACGAGCAAUAUUUCUAGAAAUAAGUGUAUAUAACGCUCAAGCCAACCUGUUUGGAAUAGCGACGUUUUUAACGGAAUGGGUUCCCACUAAUGGAAUUGUCUGCUUCAAUAACAUCAAAGUCGCGAGGUUAUACGUCACGGGUGAUGGUUUAGAGAUUGCUACUAUUGUUUGCAAGGUACUCCUACUUAUUUUCGUCCUAAUAUUCAUGUACCAAGAGUUUAAGAAAAUUUUCAAACAGCGCAAAGCGUAUUUACGGGAGGUGUGGAACUGGAUGGAAUUGGCCCUAAUAGUCUGUGUUCUCGGUUGCGCAGUCACCAUUCUCCAGCGUGCUCUUCUAGUAGACAUCGCGAUCAAGAAGUUGAAUGCUCAGCAAAACCGUUUUGUAAGUCUUAUCCAAGCAGGAACCGUUGACGAACUCUUAACCUACUUCCAAGGUCUCCUUGUGUUCUCGGCAAGUAUUAAACUUCUAAAGCUUUGCAGAUUCAACCCUAAAAUACUCCUUUUUACCAAAACCAUCUCUACAGCCGUAGGUCCCUUAUCUUCAUUUCUUUUGGUGUUCGCUAUACUCUAUUUGGCAUUUGCGAGUGUGUACAAUCUGGUCUUUGGGUCAGCUCUCCAGGAGUAUAGCUCAUUUAUAUACACAGUAGAGACACUAUUCAGCACAAUACUUGGGGGGUUCGACUUCACGGCAACAGAACGGCAAAACAAGAUUAUUGGACCACUGCUGUUUUUCUUCUUCAUGGUAGUAAUGGUAAUGAUACUCAUGAAUAUCUUCCUUGCGAUUCUCAUGGACGCGUUCGCAAAGGUUCAGGAGGAAGACAAUUCCAGUGAGCACGAGCUUGUCGAGUUCAUGCUCACUCGCUUCAGCCAGUACAUUGGAAUGCGACAUGGCAAGAAAGUGGGCAUCAUGCCUACUAGUGAUAAAGAAGAAGUAAAAGUAAGCUUCGUAUCGCAUCAAGCUGAUGACAAGGUGAGUCAACAGUCACGUUUUAGCCCAAGUCCAAGCGUGUCUGACAACACACAGAUAAUCUCUAAACAUUACACAGAAAACUGUGAGGAUGAACGCGCCUAUAAUAAUAUUGGACAAGAAGUGAGCGAGAGCAUGGAUUCGCUAGACUUCGCCAUCAUGAGAGCGGCUGCUAAGGAGAGUUAUAAUGUUUCCUUAAGUUCACCAAAUACUGGUUUGAUUCCAAAGAUCGCGAUACAGGAGACUGAAAAUGAAGGCGGAGUGAGUGGAGAUGAAGAAAGAGUCUGUGUAGAUGAAGAAACAUGUCUCUCGCCAAACAGUCCUUCUAUGUUUGAUAGACAAACAAUAAAACCCAGCUAUAGUGUGAAAAGCGAACAUCCGUACAGCUCGAUGAAUAGUAAAGAUUUCGAUGUCUUAGAUUACAUAGCAAUGAGAGCGACAGAAAAAGAGAGCUCACUUGAUAAUUCCUUUGACUACAAGCGUUAUAGUUUAUCUCCUAGAAGGGCAGACAGCCAAUCUUUAACAAUCUAUAGCAAUCCCAUUGCCAACCCUUACGUCUCUAUCGACGUUAAAAUGAAGGACAUUACAGCAUGGUGUACCUCUGUGCUUGUGGAUGACCUUAUUAUGGAAGACGCGUACGAGAUGAUGGUUCGUUACUACGUCAAGGACCACAAGAAGGCAAUCCAAGACCAUUAUAUGUCAGAACAGGAGGCUUUAUCCAAAAGCUGGAAUGGAAGUGAAGUUCUUAUGACGAAACCUCGGCAAAAGCCAGGCCGAUUCACAUACGCAAGGAAUUUACUGGAGUCGUAGAUGCUCUUAUGUGACCAUUUACAGAGUCAUUUACAGAGAAAGCGUUCCAGGCUGGGAUCCACCGAUUUUCACUUAAGUUUUAUACUUUUAUUUUGUUGGAAAGUGACACAGGUUUCAUUUUUGUGCCAAAAACCUGGAAAUUUCCUCAUUUUUGUUGGUGUCCCUCUCAGGGUUAAUACGAUAACGUGGAAAUGUAAACCGUGUGGUGGGUGAGCACCAGGAACUGACUUUUUUGUUUUUUUAUACGGAUGUCAUGGGAAGUGGCACUGCUUUUUGCCCAUAUUUGGGUUAUGAGAAAAACACGAGCUUUGCCAUAUUUCAGAAAUGAUUAUUCACCAAAAGCAACUAUAUCUCAGAUUGACAUACCAAAUCUGAGUGACCUUAGUGAUCUUAGUUUUUAAGCCAUUUCUCUGCUUAAUACCAGACACUAAGACUCUGAGCUUAUAUAGGUCAUUUUGUACAAUUUUACUAUAAAAUAUUUACAAAAAAUGUCAAAAAGCCCCAUGUUUGAGAUCCAUACAUGUAUAAUCAUCAGUUAAAAUAUUAUUUGAGGCAAACAUUUAAGUUUGGUGGUAUAUAUGACAAUUAACAUGCUUUCGAAGCAAACUGGUGUUAAAUAUUAAAAUCAGAAUCGCUUUGUUGCAUUAAAAAAAGCCCCUUUCGGGGUUCAAAUGCACUUGGUCAAUUUCAGUUAAACAUUAUGUAGUACAUGCAAUUACUAAACAUGCUGAACAAAAAAAGCCAUUGCAAAAUAUCGCCAGGAGUUUAAACAAACGUCUAUCAUUGUAAAAAGAGUUUUUUUUAGAAUGCGUCAAGUAAGUAUGAGCCCCUGAAUGUGUAUAUUUUCGUAUGUAAGGGAGUGUUCAUUAAUUACCCUGAAAGGGUGGGGUGGGAUAAUUUUGACUCCUUGACACCUUAAAAUUUCAGAGCUCCCUUUUAACAACCCCAAAAAUUUUAUAAGAACAUGUAUACAAAAAUUAAGAGUCCCCCAUAUAAGGCUCUUUUUUUUGGUAGUCCUCCCCUCAUAUCUUCCUUCCCCCUUAGGGUAUUAAAGACACACUCCCUAAUGAUUAGACAAAUUUUUUUUGUAUGUGAAGCCAUAUUCAGCCUAACAGUUAUAGCAGUGGGUGCUUUAGUUGUUAUCUAAAAAGUGUGGUGCCAGGCUAAAAAAAAGCCCUUCUGGAUGAAGGAUGAAGUUUAUAUCCGGUAAAAGCAAUAGUGUUCUUGACGCCUUCAACUAUUAGGCAGGGCAAUAGUCUAGUCACAUGAAUGAGGAUACUUUGUCAGUGAUUUCUUGAUAAAAUAAACAAAAAUGCACCCCCAA